UCUCCAGGGAAUUGGUACAAAAGAUGGAUAUGAAUAGGAUUCUCCUCCCAUUACGGCACAUUGUCCCCAGCACUUGUAUACAGCUUUAUUCUCUGUAUGGACUAGCUGAGGAGUACAAGAUGCUGCUCUUCCCCGUGUACCUGGCUGUGUUAUGGAUUCUGCAGAACAGAGGCUCCACCUCUUCUUCCACUAUCCGGGAUGAGAGUCCUCCGACAUCUCUGCGGUUGGCAGAUGGUGAACAUGCCUGUGCAGGACGGGUAGAGAUCUACCACCGAGGAGCCUGGCAAGCUGUGUGUGACGAUGGCUGGAACAGAGUUAAUGCAGAAGUGGUGUGCCACCAGGCUGGCUGUGGAAGUCCUAUCGUUCCACUUGUUAAGUAUGGACAAGGCGGUGGGAACAUCAUCUUUGAUGAUUUGAGUUGCAGUGGAACAGAGAAGACGUUGUGGCAAUGCUCACACCGUGGGUUCUAUGUACAUGACUGUAUGCCUUUUGAACAUGUUGGCGUUAUAUGCUCAGAUGCCAAGCUGUCUGGUCCUGAACCCCCAGAAUCUGUUAUAGACCUACGCCUGGUCAAUGGAUGGCAUAGAUGUGCUGGCCGUGUGGAGCUAUACUACGACAAUUCUUGGGGCACGGUAUGUGAUGACCAGUGGGACAUUAGAGACGCAGAAGUUGUGUGUAGGCAGCUUGGUUGUGGGGCUGCAGUUUCGGCUCAUGGGAUGGCACGCUUUGGUGAAGGAAAUGGGAAUAUAGUCCUGGAUGAUGUGAACUGUGCUGGUAACGAAUCUCUCCUAGGUCAAUGCAAACAUCGGGCAUGGGGAGAACACAACUGCCAGCACAAUGAGGACAGUGGAGUCAUCUGCUCAGUAGUUGGAGUUCCUGUACCAAAGGCUCCAGGUUCUAACACAGCAGCAAAAGAAAACACAUCUGAAAUACCCCCAAGCAUGCGACUCGUCAAUGGAAGUCAUCGCUGUGAAGGGCGUUUGGAAAUUUCUUAUCGGAAUGUAUGGGGUACAGUGUGUGAUGACUUAUGGGACAUGGCAGCGGCUACAGUGGUGUGCAGGCAGCUUGGCUGUGGACAAGCCCAGAAAGCUCCAGGAAUGGCAUUCUUUGGUCAAGGGACUGGAAAAAUUUGGUUGGAUGACGUAGACUGUAAAAGCACAGAAUCUGCUAUAUGGCAGUGUCACCACCGACCAUGGGGCACCAACAACUGUGACCACAGUGAGGAUGCAGGGGUAGUGUGUGAAUCAGGUUAAUGCUACAUUGUGGCCUGGCUGAAGACCCACUGGAAUGUCUGUACAGAUGUGACAGAAACCUAACAAAGGAACAACCAAUCAUUCAGGAAUAUUGUAUCCAUUAUAAAGCAAAACUAUAAUGUCAUUUUUGUAAAGUAGAUGCUCAUGUAAAGCUCAUUCAAUUAGCAGUGCUUUCAGAAUAUGGAUGUAGGGUGUACAAGCACAAAUAAAUUAGGCAAGAUAGCUCAA